AUGGACAAUCGCGAGGUAGAGUACGGAAAAUCCUACAGAUCUCCAUUGGAGAGCCGUCAACGUUUCUUAAUAUUCAGAAAAAACCUAGACAAGAUCGAGGAACACAACGAUCUGUACAUCCAAGGUAAAGUGAGCUGGUACCAAGGUGUCACAAAGUUCGCAGAUUGGACUGAAGAGGAAUUCGAGCAGUUCAUCAACAAACAUAAAUUACAAGGAUUCAAUGACACCCUCGAACUUUUCGAAGACGAUGGGGCUGCCCCACCUGACAGCAUUGAUUGGAGAGAUCAGGGGGCUGUGACUGAGGUUAAGGACCAAGGUCAUUGUGGAUCCUGCUGGACUUUCGCUUCAACUGGAGCACUGGAGGGAGCAGCCAAAUUAUUCACAGGCAAACUGAUCUCUCUCAGCGAACAGAAUCUCGUGGAUUGCGCCACCAGCCAAUACAAUGGACGUGGAUGCAAUGGAGGCCCAGCAGCUGGAGCCUUUUUGUACGCCAUGAAAAAUGGAAUAGCCAGCGAAAGCGAGUACCCUUAUACCGCAGUGCAAGGAAGUUGUAAAUCAUUCACCCCGGUGUUGAAGGCUAAAGAUUACAAAACAGUGGCUAGAACUGAGAAGGCGCUGAAGAAAGCUGUUGGAACUGUUGGUCCUGUUGCGGUUUCCAUUGUGUCCACUGCUAACCUGAGCCUCUACAAGGGUGGCAUACUGUAUGACAGUUUGUGUGAGAAUAAAGAGACCAAUCACAGUGUGCUGGUCGUUGGAUAUGGUUCUGAAAACGGUGAGGAUUAUUGGAUUAUCAAGAAUUCAUGGGGACCAAAAUGGGGAGAAUCUGGAUACUAUAGGUUGGCGAGAGGAUUCAAAUUUUGUAGUAUAGCUUUGUAUGCCACAUAUCCAGUAGUCUGAAUUUGAUGUUAUGAUUUUAUAUUGAAUAAAUUGAUGAAUGGUAGAGAGUUUCA